AUGGCUUCAUCUUCUCACGGGGUGUUCGACGUCCUCUGCGAGCGGAUGGACGGCACAUCUAUCUCCUCCAACAAGAAUGGUCAACACGAAAAUCUCUCGUCUUCGACCGUCGUGGUUCCAACCCUCUCAUCUCUGUCGCCGGAGUCAGAUGGUAAGGACCCAUUCAGACUGCUGCCAUGGUUCGCCAUGGAAGACAUCAUCCUACGACUGAAAGAUCUGCCAACGCUUCAUCAGUUGUACCAAGCUUCCCCAGCCGUGGCUGACUACUUGAAUCACACACCGGGAUUCUUUCCCAAGGUGGUCGAAGCAUUGAUGGUCCGCUGGUAUUAUGGCAUUGACUUCAGUCCACACCCAGAUACCACGGUCUUCUACCGAACACUAGUCUAUCUAUGGUGGAAAGAAGAAUCCGUCGAUACCGGAGGGCUUGUUCCUUCAACGCAGAAUCCAUUGCCGGCCAAUUUCGGAGAAGACGGGAUUUACCAUAUCAAUACCUCCACACUGUACGGCUUUGAACCGCGAGCCUGGGUCGGAGAGACUCCCCUCCCGCCUGAAACACCCCCACAAUGCUUGCGACGGCUAUUGAGUCUAUCGAGCCGAAUCCGUCGGGAUGCACAUGCAUUCUUCCACGGCUGUAUGUACUUGAUCUCAGCUUCGAAUCUUCAGCGUCUAAAAUACCGGAAAAAGCCUUGGCCAACCAACGGGACUCGGCCUCAAGGCAUCCCUAUCCACAAUCGGAAUAUAGACCGAGGGAUACUCUCUUGGGUGGAGGAACAGCGAUUGGUGCAGGCGCUACUGAAACCAUACAUCUUUUCUGAACUGCAACGCAUCGUGUGUCAGAAAAAGAUUUUGAAUCCCGAUACAACUCCCGAUUUCGCUGGUGGAUGGCUACGGCAUACAACGGAGUAUUUGAAGGAAGGCAACGUGAUGGCCUCUUGGGCAGAUUUUGUCGAAGGCUUGAGAGAACCAGCGCACCUUGAACAGCUAGCGUCCGUGAUUUAUUGGUUAGAUGAAGGACGACCGAUGCACGGCAAACCACUCAAGGGCAAAUGGGAGUUUGAAACCUGUUGCCCAUAUCUCUACAGGCACGACCUUACGAGAGAAGAACGCGUGUGCAUGGGAGAGGAUCCUAUGAAGCAACGCUCGGCCACUGGGUCCAAUUGGGCACAACAUUGCGAGGUUGCGCCUCAGUCUGGCAUCAAGGAAGCAGGCUUGCAAGGCAAGUUCAGAAAAUUUGGAGUUUCAUUUUGGCACGAUGAGACAAUGACACGUUUGGGGCUUCUCUUGCCUCAUCUGACGAGCGAAACUACCUGCAGAGAUAUGGCCUUUAGGUGGACAUCGCUCUUGCAGCGGCGGCGCAGAAGCUAUAACAGCACGAAUAAGUUGCCAACCAACCGAGCACGGCCAAAUCCAAAUAAAUCAAACCACUAG